AUGGCCGAAGCGCUGAUUGCAAUGGGAAAAUCGGUCAUUAUCGCAGGUCGGACAGAAGCUAGCCUUCAGAGAACUGCCACAGAUAUUGGAGCAAAGGAUUAUUUUCUGCUCGACGUGAGCAACGUUCCCGCAAUUUCUUGCUUCGUUGAGGAACUCGUGUCGAAACAUCCAGAGCUGGACUGCGUGAUCAACAAUGCUGGCGUGCAGCGACCGUUUCAAAUCCUCGGGCCAGAUUACGACUUCAACCUCGACCAUGCAGAUCAAGAGAUCGACACCAACAUCCGUGGGCCGAUGCAUCUAUGUGUGUCCCUGGUUCCCCAUUUUAAUAGCCUUCCGAAUGGUGGUGUCAUCAUGAAUGUUUCUUCUGUACUCGGUUACAACCCUUUCAGUCUGGUGAACCCAGUGUACAAUGGCACGAAAGCGUGGAUCCAUUUCUUUACCAUGAAUCUCCGAUCGCAGCUCCAGCAAGCAGGUAGUAAGAUCAAGGUUGUGGAGAUCGUCCCCCCAACCGUCGAAACAGCCCUGCAUCGAGAGCGGAAGGAUCCAGAUGACAAUAAGAAAACUCAUGGGAACUCGUCAGCUCUUAGUGUGAAAGAAUUCAUGACGCAGAUAGAAGAAGGCUGGCAGAGCGACAAAGAUAUAUGCCCGGCUGGUAUGGGACACGAGUUGGUAGAAAAAUGGUAUGAUGCUUUCGGAGAGGCAUAUACAGGUGCAGGAGGGUGA